UCCUUUCUAUAAAUAGUCCCCUUUCUUACAUUUUAUCACCCCUACCAUCUGGCGAUAACCAGAAAGAAAGAGGUGUGACUCACCGAUCAGCCACCUCUUUCACCGUCGCCGGAACCCUAAUUUCCUGUUCUCUCCGGUAACCUUCUGUUUCUCCUCCAACUCAUCUGACGAUCGAUCUCAUUCGCUCAAUCUCAACGCUCGUCAGAUUCGAUCAACGGCUCACAUUACACUUCGUUCUUCGAUUUCUAGAAAAAGAGAAGAAGCUGUUGUUGGAGGAAUUAGAAGAGAUUUUGUUAGAUCUGAUUGAUAUUUCUGAAGAGUUGAAAAUCAUGGUUUUCUGGGUGUUUGGGUAUGGCUCAUUGGUAUGGAACCCUGGGUUUGAGUAUGACGAUAAAAUGAUCGGGUAUAUCAAGAAUUACCGCCGUGUGUUUGAUCUUGCAUGUAUUGAUCAUAGAGGCACACCUGAGCACCCUGCAAGAACGUGCACCCUUGAAUACAAAGAAGGAGCCAUCUGUUGGGGUGCUGUGUAUUGUGUAAGAGGAGAUGAAGAGAAGGAAAGAUUGGCAAUGGCGUAUUUAGAGAACAGAGAAUGCGAGUAUGAUCAGAAGACUACUGUAGACUUUUUCAAGGAUGGGGAGAUUGAAGAGCCUACUUUAUCAGGAGUUAUAGUAUUCACGUCAACUCCAGACAAGGAAUCAAAUAAGUACUACCUCGGGCCUGCACCAUUGGAGGAUAUGGCAAGUCAAAUAGCUACUGCUUUUGGCCCGUGUGGAAACAACCGAGACUAUGUUUUCUUGUUGGAGAAGGCAAUGUUUGAUAUUGGUCACGAAGAUGACUUGGUCAUUGAGUUGGCAAAUGAAGUCAGAAAAGUACUCGGAAUCACGGGCCUAGGAAUCCCGAAAGAGAGUAGCAACAGAUUAACCGGGCUGCCUCUGAAGCCCAAAUCCCCGAUGUCACCUCGUAAACUGCUUCACCUUCCCGAAGCAAUUUCCAUGGACACCUAAGGCCAUAAGAAUCCAAUGGGUAACUUGGUUUGCUUAACUCUACUGAACCAGCUGGCAAUAACGUGACACCUUGAGCUCAUUACUUCCCGUUUUUAGUCUAUUAACCGACCCUUUGAACUGGGUUCAUUAUGUUAGUCUUAGUACUUUCUUUUAUCACAGGCUAUAGAGUCGAAUUUUCAAGUAUAAAGUUAAAACGAAUGUGCCGGACUUUUAAUUCAAGUUUUAAGUUUGCAUGUGUUGGUUUUUUAA